UCCAUUGCCCUCUACCCUCCACCAUCUCUUCUCUCACUUCUCACUUUCUCAGCGCUGUGGCUCACUACCUUCCCCAACAUAAACUAGUGAAGAGCCUCCCAAACCACCUAGCAAAUACUCCCAACCAACCAAAAUUCGGAUGAAGAGAAAAGCUGCAUAAUUCUCAUAAACACACAGACAAAAUAAAAAGGAGACAAAGAUGGCUUAAAACUCCAAAAACCACCAUGAAAAAGAGCUUCUCUGGCCCCCGAGCUGCUGGCAUUUGGUGUCUCCUUUUUCGUAACCUCCUGGUGUUGUUCUCUUAUCCCAAAUCCCAAGGCGUCGAGGGAAUAGGAAGCUAGAAAGUUCAUCUGCAGCUUUGCUCAUGGCCUAGCUAGCUCAGGCCGUAGCUGAGCGCCCAUGGGUCAGGGAGUCUGAACCUUGCCCGCUCCUCCUUUCACUUCUCUCUCCUCGCUCGUGUUCCCGGCGUCUUACUGGUCUCUGGGGGACUGGAGAGUGAAGGUCUCCUUCGCAGCUGCUCUAGUAGUUCUUCAAUGGUGGGCGUAGGUGCUGGCUUGGGCUUGGGCAUGGAAGGUCCCAGCUGUGGUGCUCUGCUCAGGGAGCUUCAGCAAAUCUGGGCAGAGGUAGGAGAAAGUGAGGCCGAGAAGAACAAGGCGUUGCUGGACAUCGAAAGAGAAUGCUUGGAAGUCUACCGCAGGAAGGUGGACGAUGCCAAUCGGACUAGGGUCCAGUUGCACCAGUCAGUGGCUGCCAAAGAAGCUGAAGUUGCAUCUCUGAUGGCAACUCUGGGGGAGCACAAGCUGUACUUGAAGAAAGACAAGGGCGUUGUACCACUCAAGGAACAACUUGCGGCUGUCAUCCCAGUACUGGAGAACUUGAAAUGCAAGAAAGAGGAAAGGGUCAAGCAGUUCUCAGAUAUUAGAUCGCAGAUUGAGAAGAUCCGCUUUGAGUUAAGUGAACAUAACGAUCAGGGUGGUAAUGUGAGCAGUCUUGCUGCUGAGGAACAUGAUUUGUCAACAAGGAAGCUUAAUAGUUACCAAGCACAGCUUCGUGCCCUUCAGAAAGAUAAGUCUGAGCGUCUUCGCAAGGUUCUGGAGUAUAUAAAUGAAGUGCAUUCCUUAUGUGGAGUCCUUGGAAUUGAUUUUGGAAGUACUGUACAUGAAGUUCAUCCCAGUUUACAUCAGAAUGGUAUUGAGCAGUCAAGAAAUAUCAGUAAUAGCACACUAGAGGGCCUUGCUACUACAAUUUAUAAGCUAAAAGCAGAACGAAAGUCAAGAAUCCACAAGGUGAGAGAGACAAUGGAAUCAUUAUGUCAGCUUUGGAAACUUAUGGACUCUCCUGAAGAAGAAAAGAGACAAUUUAGUAAAGUAAUGAGCAUUCUCAUAUUACCUGAGGAGGGAAUCACAUCACCUGGAGUUCUCUCCAAGGACACAAUUGAUAAGAUGGAAGCUGAGGUUGAGAGGUUAACAAAACUAAAAACCAGCAGACUAAAGGAAAUUGUUAUGAAAAGGAGGGCAGAAUUAGAAGAGAUCUGCCAAAAUGCACAUAUAGAACCUGAUGUCAGCACAGCCCCUGAACAAACUGAUGCUUUGAUCGAUUCUGGCCUCAUCGACCCUUCUGAGCUCCUGGCGAAUAUUGAGUCACAAAUAUUAAAAGCGAAAGAAGAGUCUCUUAGCCGGAAAGAUAUAAUGGACAGGAUAAAUAAAUGGAUUGCUGCUUGUGAUGAAGAUGCUUGGCUUCAAGAAUAUAACCAGGACCCAAAGAGGUAUAGUGCUGGAAGGGGUGCUCAUAUAAACCUUAAACGGGCAGAAAAGGCACGGAUUUUGGUUAGAAAAAUCCCAAGUAUGGUGGACAACCUGAUAAACCGAACCUUUGCUUGGGAAAAUGCAAGAAAUAAACCCUUUCUCUAUGAUGGGGGGCGCCUAAUAUCUGUUCUUGAAGAGUACAGACUUCAUCGGCAGCAGAAAGAAGAGGAAAAUCGACGAUACCGGGAUCAGAAGAAGCUGGAGAGUAUCCUACUUGCAGAGAAAGAAGCCAUCUUUGGAUCUAAACCAAGCCCAAAGAGAACGAGCAGCUUAAGUAGGAAGACAAAUGGGUACCGGCCAAAUGGAAACACUAAUGGACUCAAGACUCCAACUCCUCGUCGAUCAUCUCUUGGCAGUGCUACUCCUGAGCUUUUGACGCCCAGAUCAUACUCUGGCCAUAAUAGAUACUUUGGCGAUUUAAGUCGCCUAUCGACUUCCCAUUUGAACUUUGGUGACGAUUCACUGUCAACAUUUACAUCCAUCAGUGGCUCUGAACCGGAAUCCCCCUCUAUUGGAUGAACACCAUACUGCUGGACGAUUGAAUGGUCUGAUUGACGAAGUAUUGAGUAUUGUAAAUGGGCACCAUAAUACGAAGUUCUUGCACUGGCAUGUACAUUCCUGAUGUCAUAUAUUUAGCUCGUAUUCGACUACUAAGUAUUUGAUAGGUUGACUUGGUUUGGGUUGGGUUGGGUGUGAAGUUGAUUUGUAUCAAGCUAUUGGCUUUGUAGAUUGACAAUUAGGCAAAAGAUGUAGGGAGUGAUUUGGAUUUGGGCAGUCAGCUGUAAUAUAUCAUAAGUUAUGUGAUUGGUUUGUGUGUGCAAAUUUGUACAGGUGCUAUGAAAAAAUGUGUGUGCAGAAUCUACUACUUCAGUA